UAUCCAUCUCUUAAAAAAUGUCUUGCAUACUGUUCAAUUUUUCCCAAGGAUUUUGAAAUGGAAAGGAAUCAACUGAUCCAACUUUGGGCAGCAGAAGGAUUUCUUUAUUCAAAUCCAAGAAACAAUAUGUGUAUGGAGGAAGUUGGUAACAAGUAUUUUACCAUUUUGUUGGAUAGUAACUUGUUUCAAGAUGCAGAGGAGGAUAAGUAUGGGAAUGUUGUGAAUUGCAAAAUGCAUGAUCUUGUGCAUGAUAUGGUGCAAUCCAUUCCCAGUUCUAAAACUUUGAGGUUGACAGAGUCUGGAAGUGAUGAUCAGGGGACGUUUCCCAUUCAGUAUCUUGCACUGGAGAGAAGUGAAAAAGAAAUGCCAUUUCCUCCCUCCGAAAGGUUCAAGUGUAUUACAACAUUAUUUUUGUUGGAAGAUGUAUCACUUAAUGAUAGAGAGAUAUCAUUUUUUAUGUUGCGAGUUUUGAGUUUAAGGUCAUCAAGUGUCGAGGAGCUUCCUAAAUCAAUUGGGAAGCUAACUCAUUUGCGGUACCUUGAUUUAUCCAGACCUUCAAUCAAAAUAAUGCCAGACUCUCUUUGUCGACUUUAUCAUUUGCAGACAUUAAGAGUUGAAGGUUGCAAAUCAUUGACAAAGUUUCCAGAAAAUUUCACGAAUUUGGUGAAUUUGAGGCACUUUGAAGUGCGAAAUUGCACAAACUGCAAAGAGUUACCAACUCUUGGGCACAUGUCCUCCCUCAGAUCUCUUCACUUGGAAAGUCUUGAUGGCAUAACAAGCAUAGGACCUUCUUUUUAUGGAGAAUCAACCAUACAUAGUGGAAGCAGCAGUCAAAGUCCCCUAAAAUUGUUUCCAGCACUUGAACAUUUCAUUCUAAGGGACACGCACAGUUUGACUGAAUGGACGGAAGCAGAAGUUCAUGAUAGAGAAUUGAUGGUAUUUCCUGUCCUUGAGAUGAUAGAGAUUGAAGAUUGCCCCGAACUAGCAACUUUUCCAAGUCAUUUUCCAAGUCUCAAGAAAUUGCACAUCGAUUUGACUAAGAAUGGGUCAGCAGUAAUGGAAUAUAUCCGCAGCGGAGUUAGCACUCUCACUAGUCUUAGCCUUUUGUAUGUGACUGGGUUCACUGAGCUACCAAAUAUGUUAUUUCAAAACAAUCUAAAUCUUGCACAUCUCCGGUUAAGAAGUUGUCGUGAUUUGACCCAUUUCUUGGAUUUUCCGUCUGAUGUUCCUCAAACUUUAGAAGGUCCAAAUUCCCAAACAGUGCUUGAGUUGAGCCAACCACACACUUGUAUUGACAAUAGUUCUACUCAACGUUUGGUUGGUCUUGAGUCCCUUGAGAAAUUACUUGUUCGAUUUUGCAAUUCACUCAAGUCGAUUUCAAUCCCCAAGGGAGACAAGUACCUCACUGCCUUGCGAGAAUUAGAAAUUUCCGAUUGCAAUAGGUUAACCCACUUGUCCAUCCCCCAGCUAUCUGAGUCAGAGUGGGAUUCCACUUCUCCGCCCUCCCUCUCCGCUACUUCUCCUCCUCCUCUUCUACCUCUCGAGAAAUUGAAAGUAAACGGCUGCUUCGAUCUGAUCUCCUUUCCAAUUGAUUUAACCCGAACACCUUCUCUCUCUUCCCUAGCCAUAUCAAGUUGUCCCAAAAUAACGGACUUGCCCAAGGGGAAGCUUUGUUCUCUUACAAGCUUGAGAACCUUAGACAUUGGACCAUUCUCAGAAACCACAGAGUUGCAUUCCUUCCUAUACCUCUUUGACGCUCUCCCACCACCGCACCCCUACUUCCCCUCCCUUUCAGAAUUAAUUCUGCGUGGAUGGUCUCAUUGGGAAUCUCUGCCCGAGCAACUUCAGCGCCUCUCUGCCGUAACAACUCUUUGUUUAAGUGGUUUUGGAGUGAAAUCAUUGCCCGAUUGGUUUGGGAAGCUUUCGUCACUUGAACAACUUUGUCUCUUGGAUUGUGAAAAGCUAGAGAAUUUACCCUCUCACCAAUCUAUGAGAAGCCUCACCAGACUAAGAAAGCUGGACAGUCGCGGGUGCCCCCUUCUAAAGGAAAGAUGUAAACCAGAGAGCAGCAGUAGCAUACCGUAAUUGUUUAGCAGCAAAUCAGAGGCUAAUCCCCAUUUGAAGCUCAUAAAUAACGUCAGUUUUCCCAAUUAAAGCUACUAGCCUAACUUCUACUCAAUAAUUGAUGCGAACUAUUUUUCCUUCGUCCUGUGCGCUUUUGCUUUCUAGGUUGUCUUGAACAAAAUCUAGAGUCCUGAUACGUUGUUUAAAUAGCUUGAUCACUUAGAUGAAGUUUGAAUUUGGCUAUAUUGUGGGUGCAAAAGGGUUUCUGACCUUAGUAACCUGAUGUUAAUCUAUUCAUAACAAAUUUGGCGCAACCAAAAACAUUGAGAUGCUGGGUUCCAAGGAACAAAAGUCAAGUUUAAUGAAUUAGAAUAAUUUAGCCAGCUACUUAUCCUCUUAUAUUGAUGUUAGUAUUAACUACUCAAGAUCUAAAUCUACACUUCAUUCCUUUAAAAAGUAAGCGCUCAUUUAUGUUGUAAUCUUCUAAGAAUUGAAUGUUACUAAUUUUUCUAACUUUGUUGGUGCCUGAUGGUAGCUACUUUUUGGCUCAAAGAACACUCUGUGAACAGCAGAGUCAUUGCACAUAUUGAGGAACCUCUUCUAUAUCUGGCCUAGUUCAAGACCUCCCAAGAUUGAGGUCUUAACUAGCCUAGUUCAAAACCUCCUUCACAGUUGCACUACAAAAAGUAAGCAGAAAGCUUCCUUUGUUGGAGGGAUUUAUCUGGGCUCUCUCCCAAGAGGAAGAUUCUUGCACUUUAAUUCCAUAUAGAGAACGUUAAAUUACAAUUCAGCAUGAGUGUAAUGCUUUCUACAGUGGUGUAUGCUUACUAUGCAGCUCCUGAUCU